AUGCCUACUUACGUGCGUCUCAUGAACCCCCAUCAUAUGACAAAACACCUACCCUACGUCGUCGACUUCCUCCAGUCUUACAUGUGCCUCUGCACCGACCACCAAGAAGUCGAUAUCCACCUCAUCGUGUCCGACUCUAAGGAGGUGAAGGCUUUUCAAGAUGCUAUUGAUGGCCUAAAACGUUGCGGCGAGAGGUUUAGUAUAUUCCCUACGCCGAGGGUGAAUGUCAACGGACCGAAGCCUAAGAUUAAUAUCACAAACUUUUACGAUAUCGUCCCGAACGCCUUCCGUUCGAUGAUUAAAGGAAACAUUAGCGCCAGCGAUACGUCUGCCCUCCUGAAUGAGCGCGGGAGAUACCAGUAUCAGACAAUCAAGAAGAUGUCAGCGGCGAUAGAGCUUGAGUACGACUGGGGUCUAUGGCUUGAUUCGGAGGCAGUCGUCGUACAGCCGUUUAGCAUGCGGGAAGUGUUUGAUAGCUACAUCAAGACACCGACGGUUUGGAGAUCCAAGAACUCGAGGACUGAUUUUAUGGUCUCCUUGAUGACUGGAUCGGCUAAUGUUCUUGGCCGGGAUAUCGAGUCUUUUGGCAAGGCUUUGUGGAACUUGGAGAGUGUCCAGUGGAUGUUGGAGAAAGAAGUAGUUAACGACCUCGUUCAGUCCGUGGAGAAAGCACACAACCAAGACUUUUGGACGGUCUGGGCAACGCGAGGCAGCCCGUUCGAGAUCAACCUGUACAACUUACACAUCCAAGCAAGGAAGUUAGAGUCCAACGAUCCGCUCUUCACCAAGUACCAAGUAGUGGAAACGGAGCGGGAGAUGGACAGAUUCGGCAUGGACGCUGCGAAACCGAUCAUGGAUCAAAUAGUACUCACUGGCAUAUUCGAGACAAGUUACCUACUUCUAAAAGCCACAGAGGCCGUCCCUGGGUUCUCGCGAAUGAUGCGACAUUACGGCCAGCGGCUUUUGCGCUUUGACGACCUCGGUGUCGCGCCACCGGAGGUUAUUGACCGGUUUCUGUUGGAUACGCCGAUAAACAUCUUGUGCGUGGGAGGACCGCCGUUACACAACUGGUGGCAAGAGCGAAACAAGACACUUUAG